AUGUCCGAAAAGAUCUACCGAGAAGUGCCGCACGAGGAGGAGGAGGUCGAGAGCCUGGCCGGGAGCCUCAACACGGAGAACACGGAAAACACGGACCGGCCGGCGUCGACUUCGAGAUGGAGGCGGAUGAGGGUCGGCGAUGAGAUGCCGUGCAAAGAGAAGGCGCGUCUGCUCGUCGCGAGGUACUGGCCGUGGGCGGUCCACGGCCUGCUGCUGACGACGUCGAUUACGUUCUUCGCGCUGGCGUUCUGCCUACGUUUCGGCAACAAGAUCGACGACCAAUACUUUGUCAAGAAGUACUCGUCAUACUCCCCCGCCGCGGAAGUGGUCAAGUAUCACAGCGAGAGGUGGAAGCUGCUCCCCAUCAUGGACUUCUCGCCGUUUGUUGGAGCCGGGUGGGAGGUUGACCGUGCAUGGGACCACAUCACCAACAAUGUUGGCGACCAGAUGAUCUCUCACGCAGAGCUCGUCAAGCUCGGCCUCGACCCCAAGUCCAUCAAGAUCACCAACCCCAUCACGGGCGAGGAGGGAUACCGCGCUGGCCUUGAGGUCUUCCACCAACUCCACUGCCUCAACCUCCUCCGCCAGUCGUCGUACCCCGAGUACUACAACAGAACCGAGGUUGGCGGCGACGUUCCCACCGACGCGGAGGACCUUCGCGGCCACAUCGACCACUGCAUCGAGGCCAUCCGCAUGAAACUCAUGUGCGAGUCCGACAUUGGCGUCUUCACCUUCAAGAUGUACCCCGAGCUCCCCGUCGAGGGCCACUGGCCCGACUUCAGCACCCUGCACACCUGCCGCAACUUCGACGACAUCCGCAACUGGGCCAUGAUUCAUUCGGUGACGUUUGAGGAUGAGGAAUAG